AUGUCAUUUGGUUCGACAAUGUUUAAAAAUUUGAAAGAUAAAAUAGCUACACAAGUCAAUAAAACAAAUCAAACAAUACUUUCAAGUAUUCUACAAACUGAUCCAGCAUCAAUAUCAAAAGAUUCUGGCGCUCGUACAUCUUCGACUACUAGUCAUAACGAUAAUUUCGACCAUAAUCGUUCUCGAUUAAAUUCAGCUGCAAGUGACAUAAGCCAAACGGCUAGUGCGAAUAACAAUUAUGUCUCUCCGGCACGUAGUUUUGUACCACCAUCAGAUAUCGAAUCAGAACAUGGUGGUGAUGAAAGUGAUCAUGAAACAAAUAGUAAAAUGCAAAGAUUAGUCAAUAUUUACAAAACUAAAUUUAUUCAAUUGAAAAAUGCUUAUGAUGAAGUUGAACGUGAAAGAGAUAAUAUUAAAAAUAUACUACAGCAACAUCAAGACACAUCGAUUAAACGACAAACAAAAUUACGUGAACAAAUUAAAAUUGAUCGGCAAGUCAAAGAAGAACUUGAACGUUCAUAUAAACAAGAAAUAUCAUUACGUGAUAAUAAAAUUCAAGAACUGACUCAACAAGUUAGAACUACAAAUGAUCAUGUUCAAGUUGAUCGAGAAGAAAUGCGAAAUCUUCGUGAAAAGAAUACUAAACUUGAAACAUUACUCACUCAAUGUAAAGAAGCAAUUAAAAAUCAUCAAGAAAAACAUCUUAAAGUCGUUACAGAACGUGAUGAUCUUUUUGAAAAAUUAAAUGAAAAACAAACAUUGAUUGAAUCAAUGAUGAAAGAUCGUCAACCAGAAGAGAGUUCAAUUCAAGUUAAAGAAAAUUUCGAUUGUGACACAAGUGUGUUAUUAAAAGAUAAAGAACGAUUACAAGAAGAAUUAGAAGCAACACGUUUGUGUGUUCGACAACUUGAAACUGAUCUCGAAUCAAUCAAACAACAAAGUGUCACAUUUAAUUCGAAUGAUGAAAUUAAACAGAAACAUGAAGAUUUAUUGGCGGAGUUUAAUGAAAAAUCUAGUCAUUUGGAACAAAUAAUAAAUGAUAAAUUGACUCUUGAAAUAUCCAAUAAAGAAUUACAAGAUUUUAUUAAAAAUUGUCAAGAAACAAUUGAUAAAGAUAAACAACAAAUUGACAUACUCAAAGAUACUCUAUCGAAAGAAAAUGAACAACAUACAAAAUCUCUUGAUGCUCUUAAAACUGAAUAUGAAAACUUAACAAAUGAAUUACAACAAACAAAACAGGCAAAAGACAGUAUUCAAUCGUUACUUAGCGAUGCACUUCAAGAACGAACGAUUGAUAAAGAUUUAGAAAUACAACAAAAUCAAAAUACAGUUGAUGAUAUCAAUGAGGCAAAAGCUAGUUUUAGUCAAAAACUUGAUUGCCAACGUCAAGAACAUUUAGACGAAAUGGCUACUCUCAAGAGUCAACAACAAAUUGAAUUCGAUAAUAAUUUAAAAGAAUUACGAGAAGAAAAGGAUUAUCUUGAAAUAAAAAUAGAACAGCUGGAAAGUCAACAUAAGAAAACAAUUGAAGCACUUGAAAAUGAACUUACAGCUGCAGCUAAACGAGCACAAGAUAAAAUAACUGAUUUAACCAAACAAACUGAUGAACAAAAGAAUAAAUCGAAUCGCCACGAACAAGAAUUGAACGAAAAAUCUUCUCAACUUAUUGAGCUUGAAAAACAAUUAGAAACAUUGAAAUCUCAAGCCAAUCUAUCUCAAAAAGAACUAGUCGACGAAUGUAAUUCGUUAAAAGAACAAUACCAACAUAUUUCCGAAUCCAAUACCCAAAAAAAUGAACAAUUAACAGAAUUAGAAGAAAAACUUCGUAUUGCAACUCAACAAUUACAAGAUGAGAUUUUACAUAGGAAAAACAUUGAAAAACAACUCGAGAUCAUUAGUCUUAACAAUUCAAUGGAUGAAUUCAAAACAACGAUUACAGAACAUGAACAAUUGCAACAAACUAUUGAUAACUCUCAAAGCAAUGAUCGACAGCUAUUAGAACAGAAAGAUAAAAUGAUUGAUACACUCAAACAAGAUUAUGAAUUACAAAUUGAGAAAUUGCAUGAAGAACAUAAACGAACAGUUGAAGAUCUUCAUGAACAACUGCUAAAUUUAAAUUCUGAAAUUAAUGAAAAAAAUGAAACAUUUUCUGCAAUGGAAGCUAAACUCAAUAGUACUUUAUCGGAGAAAACUAGUCUUAAAAAUGAAAUAGAUCAAAUUCGUAUACAAAUGGAAACUAUACAAUCAAAUUCAAACGAAUUCAAUGUUAAAUUUCAACAAACUGGACAACAAAUCAAAGACUUAGAGACUGACUGUGAUUCUUAUCGAAAUGAAAUUGAAACAUUAAAAACUGAAAUAAUCUCUUUGGUAAAUAUCAACGAAGAAAAUAUUCGUCGAAUAGAUCAAUAUGAAAAUGAAAAAUUCGAUUUUGAACAAGAUAUUAGUGAAAAAGAUCGACAAAUAACAGAACGUGAUGAAAAAAUUCAAGAAAUUGAAUUAACUCUUAAACAAACAAAAGAACGAGCCACUAAACUACGUGAAGCGUUACAACGAACAAAGGGAUCGAUAAAGAAUAAUGAACAACCAAAUGCUGUUGAUUCAGAAAAUCAAAUACAAGUCAUUUCUCAAGAAUAUGAACAACGAUUAAAAGAAAACGAAAUGGAAUAUAAUACAAAAUUAAAAAUCAUGGCAAAAGAAAUGAGUAGUAAAAUCGAAGAAAAUGAAUACAAUUACAAUCAAAAAAUUCAUGAUCUUAUACAGAAGAAAGCUAAAGUUGAAAAUGAUCUUACAAAUAGUGCUGAGAGAAGAAUAAAUGAUGCUGAACGUAGAGCUUAUAUCAGUGAAGAACAAAUAUCGAAAUUACAAGAACAAAUUAAAGAGAAACAAUUAGAUUAUUAUCGACAUAUACAAGAUCUACAAAUUGAAAUUCAUAAACUUACGAAACAGAUCAUUCCAACCAUCGAACAAUUCUCUCAAACUUCGAUCGAAGAUUUAUAUUCAAAUGAUAUACAGCAUCCAUUCGUAAUCGAACCAACAGAAGUUGAUUAUUUAAAACAAAUUGUACUUGCUUAUAUGACAGGAACUGAUCGAUUAACAAUGGCAAAAGUCAUCUGUGCUGUUCUUCGGUAUAACGAGAGUGAAAAAUCAUUAAUAAUAGAAGAGGAAAAACUUCGUCAAUCGCGUUGGUUAAAUUCAACAAGAUAA